UGCUUCUCUUCUCUUCACCAAAACCCCUUCACUCUCCAUUUCCUCCUCCCCAAAACCCUAAACCUCUUCCCCUCACCGCCACAAUGGCGUCCCGUCUCCGCCACUCUCUCCGCCGCUACUCCACCAUCCUCUCCCCAAACUCAUCAACGCCACUAACCGCAAAGGAGAAGUCAAGAACCGCCCUCCACCUCCUCAAAUCCGAAACCAACCCGGAACGCAUCCUCGACAUCUGCCGCGCCGCCUCUCUCACCCCGGACUUCCACCUCGACCGCAUCGCCCUCUCCGUCGCCAUCUCCAAACUCAAAGACGGCAACCACUUCUCCACCAUCGACCAAUUCCUCCGCGACCUCCCCACCUCCCGCCCUGACCUCCACAACGAGCGUUUCCUCUCGCAAUCCAUCGUGCUCUACGGCCAGGCCAGAAUGCUCCCCAACGCCGUCACCGCCUUCACUCGCAUGCGCGACGAGUUUCAAAUCACCCCCUCCGUCAAGUCCCUCAAUGCCCUCCUCUUCGCUGCUCUCAUUGCCAAGGACUACAAAGAGGUAUCUCGAAUCUACCUCGAUUUCCCGAAAAAUUAUUCGAUUCAACCCGACGUAGAAACGUAUAAUACAGUUAUUAAGUCGUUUGCUGAAUCUGGUUCAACUAGUUCUGUGUACUCAAUUUUGUCUGAGAUGGAUAGGAAUUCGGUUAGGCCUAAUGCGGUUACGUUUAGCAACGCGAUCGAAGGGUUUUAUAGCGAGAAGAAGUUCGAGGAAGUGGGGAAGGUGUUGAAGAUGAUGGAGGAGAAGUAUGGGAUGAGUCCUGCUCUUAGUACCUAUAAUGUUAGGAUUUUAAGUUUGUGUAAGUUGAAGAGGACUUCUGAAGCCAAGGCUUUGCUCCAAGGGAUGAUUUCUGGAGGGCGAAAGCCGAAUUGGGUUAGUUUCUCGCAUUUGAUUCAUGGGUAUUGCUGGGAAGGGAACCUUGAUGAGGCUAAGAAGGUGUUUGCUGACAUGAAGAAAAGGGGUUACAAGCCUGAAUCGCCUUGUUAUUUUACACUGGCUCAUUUUCUGUGUGAAGGUGGGGAUUUCGAGUCUGCUUUCGAGAUUACAAAGGAAAGUAUGGAUAAAGGUUGGGUUCCUAAUUUCACCACCAUGAAAAAACUUGUGACUGGGCUUGUUGGUGUCUCCAAGACUGAUGAUGCUAAAGAGCUCAUUAAGCAAGUCAAGGAGAAGUUUACUGAAAGCAGCGACAAGUGGGACGAAAUUGAAGCUGAGUUGAUUAAGUGAUUGGUAGUGUGGUCUGUGCUUGGAUUAUUUUUUGGUCAAUUUGAAGGGCAAUCUGGAAGAUUGAAUUAACUCAGGAACAUUGGCUUAGAGAUGGCUUUCUUUUGUUUUGCCAUUUCCUCUGGCACUGGUAGCCAGACAAGUUUUUUGAACAUGUUUGCCAUUGUUGGACAUGCUUUAUUUUCUUGUAUGGCCAAUAAAAGAAUUGGUAGUGGUUAGCUGAUA